GCUAUUCAGCUCGAUCCCAAGUACGCGAAGGCGUAUUAUCGACGAGCAACAUGUUACCUCCAAACGAUGAAAUACAAGCAGGCGAUCGCGGACUUCAAGAAGCUCCUCACGCUCGAACCGCAGAACCAGCUCGUUCGGAUGCAGAUGGAUAGCACCCAGAAGAUUCUCCGUAAAGCCGAGUUUGAGAAGGCAAUUGAAAUGGAAGAAGAGAAGAGCGCGGUGGUACGGUGCUAUGAGAUCAUCGCUGAAGGUGGAUGCGACGUGGACAAGAGUUACACCGGACCUGUACUUCCCACGGAUGACAAUGGGAAGUUCACAAUCGAUAUCCAAUUCGUACGAGACAUGAUCCAAUGGUUCAAGGACGGCAAGUCAAUACCAAGGAGGUAUGUGUGGGAGAUCGCCCUCGGCGCACAUUCGUACUUCGAAAGGGAAGCGAGUUUGGUCGAUGUCGACAUCCCGGACGGUCAGACGAUCGAUGUGAUUGGCGAUGUACACGGCCAAUUCUACGACUACCUCCAUUUGCUAUCGCUCACGGGCGAGCCGAGCGGAACGCACAGUUUGCUCAUGAAUGGUGAUCUCGUCGACCGCGGCUCAUGGUCGGUCGAGGUCAUUGUGGUGGCACUUGCUUUCAAAUGGCUUUAUCCGAAGAACAUGUACAUCAACCGCGGAAACCAUGAGUCGAAAGAGAUGAACCGAACGUACGGCUUCGAGGGCGAGGCGAAGCACAAGUUUGGCGAGCAGACGUACAAGCUUUUUGCUCAUCUUUUCACAGAGAUGCCCCUCGCGACCCUUGUCAGCGCCACUAAGCCGCCAAUAGCAAAGUCAAAGGCAGCUAUUCUGUCGCCUGAGGGCAAGAAGCGCUACUUUGUCGUACACGGCGGGCUGUUCAGCAAGGACAACGUAACGCUCGACGACGUCCGCAAGAUCCAGCGAAUAGGACAUCAACCCGGGCAGGAGGGUCUCAUGUGUACGUAUCUUCUAUGGACGGACCCCCAAGAACUCCCAGGACGAGGACCGAGCAAGCGCGGCGUAGGAAUCGCAUUUGGACCUGACGUGACGCGAAGAUGGUGCGAGGCUAAUGGGGUGACGGGUAUUAUUCGCAGCCACGAAGUCCGGCAAGAGGGUUACUCCGUGGAACACGAUGGCCUUUGCACGACGGUAUUCUCUGCGCCGAAUUACGUGGACCAGGCGGGCAAUAAGGGCGCUUUCAUUCGCAUUGACGCCCAGGGUAAUCAGGAGUACACCCAGUUCGACGCACAGCCGCACCCGCCGAUGAAACCCAUGGCGUAUGCAUCAAGUGGGCUAGCGAAUCUGCUCAUGUAG